UACUCUUCUCUGUUUGCAAGUGCUGGAGGUCCGUCCAAUGAGAUGUCCGAAUUGUCCAACAUAGUUCAUAAUGUAAAGGAGUACAUUACGCCUCAAUUCUACAAUGAGCCAAUAGUCUUAAAGUCCAGCAUUGCAGACACUAGCUCAACUUGCUCCUUGGGUAUCAACUCAUUCGUAUUCUCUGUGUUGUGGGCAUACAAUACUCACAAGCACUUGGUGAUCAGACCCGAUGACAUCUGGCUGGCAGUGAUGACACAGUUCUCAUUCUACAUCAAUGCCAACUCUGAGGAGUUGAGGUCAAAGAUUGUGCCGUUUGAUGGACAACGCGAACUUGUUGUCCGACUCAAAGGAGAACUCUUAACGGCACCCUACGAGAAGGUUGCCCUGGAGAUGGCAGAGCAGUUGUCCCAAAACAUCAAAGACCCUUCGAUCAGAGAUUGGGUGAUGCCAGACUUCUCAACGACAACAAGCACUGAUCGUUUGGUUGGUGCAUUCACUCUGAUGUCAGCAUUGAAGAACUAUUUUAGUUACAAGGUACAACUAAUGUGCGGACUGCCCAAGGUUACAAUGAUGGGCACGGUCGAUGACUGGCAACAACUGAUUGAUCGAGCACAGAGAUUGUUGGAGUUUGAUAACAAAUACAAACAUAUUGGCAAGUGGCUAACGAUGUUAAUGCCCGUGCUGGACAAGAUAAUCCAGUCAGUGAAUGGCACUCCUGACGUUGAAUGGUGGAACAGGAUUGCAAACCAUAAAUCGGGUGGCUCAGGUCCCGCCACACUCUCUGGUUGGAUCACAACAUUCUUACCUUUCACCGAGCAAGGUGAAUGGGUAGGUGAAUCACAGACAUAUUCCUUCGGUCAAACAAUAAUCAAGGACCAUCCAUGGCCAAUAAUACCAAUCGAGGACAUACCCAGAGGGUAUACAUCGUGUCCUCUCAAGAUAGAGGAAGGCCAGACGACCUACAACGCAGAGAUCUUUGCAGGACACAUCGUGUCUAAGCUCAGCAAUGGUGGCAACACGAUCAGUCCACAACUGGACUGGUGUAUACUCCAAAAA